AUGGUGGUUCCUGGCGUGGAGAAAGCGGCGCCAGCUGGAAGGAGUGCGACUGGUGGUGUGGGCCAGCAAUCUAAUGUUUCUGGGAGCCAGGCGCGGCACCCGGGAGUUGCUCCAGUCGUCCUCCACUCUCUGAACGGUAAACGGCGUCCGUCAGAAGUGCGCCUCAAGAGAUCUCUCCGACUCUCCGUGCUGCCACUGUCAGAGUACGCCCUCGUCGUCUGGCACCUCUCCUGCAGUGGAAUCCCCAUUUCUGCGUCACCGCUGAGCGGUGCCGUGCUGUCUCCUCGGCCAGCCGCCAACGGGGUCGCCCGUCCCGGUGGGAUCCCGGGGUUGUGUCCGCCUUCAGCUGACCGGAGGCUGUCGGCCAGGUGGGCCGCCGCCUCGCUCAGCAGGAUCCUGACUGAGGAACAGAAGCAGAUGCUGGCUGGGAGGCUGAUCAUUGCUGCGUCACAGGGUCAGACCGGCCAAGUGCGGGCGAUCCUGGAUGCGGGGUCGCCAGUCAACGCGACAGACGCCAGUGGCGACACUGCCCUGCAUGAAGCAGUGAUGAAUGGCCACGAAGAAACUGUCAAGUGCCUGAUUGAUGCCGGGGCAGAUGUCAACGUCAGGGACUCGGAUGGGAUGACGCCUCUGCACUAG